UUUUGGAGAGCGACAGCUUUGCAAAAAAGCCGACGCUGGCUCGCAGAGAGACUUCAGCGCUGCAGCAUUGAUCGAUUCGUGCACGCACACGACGAACGCACCGCAGAACGCAAGCACGGGUCGCUGGCAAGCAGUGCAGCCACUUGCAGCAGCACCGCCUUGCACAGACUGCAGCCGCUUAACUGCGGCAGAGCGCCGCACGCCAUCGACGCGUCACAAGGCCGUCGUACAGUUGCGCAAGCCGUCGCCGCGCCAAAAACAAAAACGCCAAAUGCCCUGGCGCCGCCCGCCGCGCGUCGAGGACGAUGCAGCCUUACCAAAGACGGACGCCGCCGGACGACCGUUCGCGGACGACCACCAGGCGGCGCGCUACGCCUUGAGUAGAGAUGCGUUGCGCGCGCGCGAGGCCCGGCGCGCAUCGGAAAGUAUAGAGGUCGAUGCCGUGCAAGAGCGCGCCCCGGACGGCGCCUACGUCAACGAUGAGACGCCGCGCAUCUACCUCAUGGUCGACGAUAGAGGGAAAGCCGCCAAAUUACUGGCACUGCUCAACGACGAACAAACGUGCAAAGCGUACUUCCCGUCCUUGACGCACGCGGGAGCGGUCUGCGCGCCGCGCGCGCCCUCCGAGAAGCGGGCGAAGGGUUGUCGAAGGACGGCCUGGGUCGCUCUACGGAAUGCGGCGCUCGGAGCCGUGAGAGGUGCGAUUGAUCAGUCGCCGGCGCCGAUCGAAACGCAUCUCGUGCAGCGCGCGCUGUACGGGGACGUCGACGUCUCAAAAGGUGCGGCGGAGGACGGCGCCGUCGCGGCCGUUGUAGUAGAGCUGUGCCGUCACGGAGGGCCCCUGAAGGUCGCGGUGCGCGCCCAGCCCCGCGCGCUCGAGAAGCGCAUCAUUCGAGCGCUGCCGGCGUGGUGCGCGCUCGAGCCCCAGUCCUAUGAUCUAGCUGUCCACGCCUUUUCAGAUGACCAGCUCGGGACACGGAUCGCGCUCGUGCCAAAGCGCGACGAGUGGCUCGCGACAAAGGACGCGGACAAGGGCGAAUUUACCAGAGCGGCGGGCAAGUUACGGGAGAUCCUCGACUGUCGCAUGGUGGACUUUCCUCCCGGGAGUCACGUGGUGGACGUCGGCGCGGCACCUGGAGGGUGGACGUUUGAAUUGGCACAGCGGGGCAUUAGAGUGGCCGCCGUGGACCCCGCAGAACUGCGAGACGAUGUCGCAAAGCACCCGCUCGUGACGCAUUUCCGACAGAAAGUGGAAGACUUUUCCUGUUCUCAUGAGUUGGGCGGGCUGGUCUGCGAUAUUAACAGCGCGCCGUCCACGCUACUGGAGAUCCUGGAACCCUUGGUCCGAAAGCUCGCCAAGGGUUCAUCAAUUGUGCUGACGCUGAAGUUCGGGGGAAGAGGGCACGACGGCGAGAGCGAUCGCCGGAAAAGAGUUGCUGCUGCCGAAGUUUUGAGGGACUUGGAGGAGAUCGCUCCUCUGGCAUCGUCGCGGUUUUGCUGGCUCGUGGCAAAUACGGACCGGGAGCGGACAUUAGUGUGUCGCUUGAAGUAAGUGUCUGUUGUCUUA